UAUUAUUGAUAACAUUAGGUUAGAUUUUAGACGUUUGUAGUUUUCUAAAAUUAUUUUGUUCAUAUUUUUCUCUCUUAUUUUUCUCGUAGUGCGGUUUGGAAUAUAAAAUCACUAUGCAGCGUAAAACGAUACACUUUUGAAAACAGACAAUAACUACGAUAUCUUUAAUUGUAAUGCUGACAGAUGUUUCAUGAAUUUCUUCACACUUUUUUUAAUACUUUAAGGUAGGACAAAUGGUGUCAGACGCGAUGGAUCUACGUGUACAGUAAGAUGUCAAAACGUAGAGAAAAGGAUGGAAUACUAUUUUGUUUUUUGCCUAUAUCUAAGCAAAUAUUGACUCGAUUAAGAAUAACUCAGUGAAUAUUAACGCGACACAAUAUUAACCCCCCAACGCCAGUUUAUUAUAUUAGCCAUUAGAGUUCUAUCAAUCAUCUUAUAGAUAGAAGUCGGUUAUAUAGAAUGAACGUAAUUUAUAAUUUAGUGAAGAGGGAAAAAAGGAUGCGUUUGUGAAAUAGCCAGAGAGAUCAUGGAAUACUAACAACAAAUGUCAUGGAAAGCACUUUUAUUUAUUUAAAAAAAAUAUAAAUUAAUGAUCUUUCGUAGAUUUUACAUUAAAAAAAAAAAUAAGUGCACACAAAACGAUGCUUCACGAACAUUUCAUGAAAUAUAUUUUAUUAAAAAAAUUUCUUUUAACAAUAUAAUAUUUGUGGCUUACAAACUUUUUUAAUUAAUUUCUUUGCUUCUAGGCAUUAUACAACAUUUACAAUAUGAGAUUAAUUGUAAAGCAAGAGAGAUGCACAGGCGGACGACCGUAUUCCACAGCCCACAUAUUACAUGAUUUUUUUUAUUUGCCAAAUUCAUACACACAUUAAAUUCAACAUUUAAAGUUCACAUUCAAGGCCUUAGGCUAAAGUUAAAAAAAUUAUGUAAUUUACUUCUGAAACUUACGUAGAGGGUGUACGUACACCUGCAAAAAUCUCUAUUACAUGCAAAACAGAAACUCAGCUUUUCUAAAAACACAGCGAAUAUCAGUGACCAGUAACCAUCCUACAACGUCUAAGUAGACUGUAACGAAGUAAUUUUAAGUUGCUUUUAGAAUUGAAUGCGAAUUAUACGAGAUGUUAUGAUAUUCCAUCGACCCAGAUAUAUUCCACAACUGCCGUCCUUCUUCCUUUAUGGAGCGGAAGGGUCCAACUCUAGCCUUUUUAAUUUUAUAAAUUUUAUAAAUUUAAUACAUACAAAUGUAUUUUAUUAUUUACUUUAUCAAUUUAUUUUAUAGUUCACGCUUGCUUUCCUCGCUUUUGAAUUCUGCUAUUACUGCCUAGGGUGCCAGUUUUGGGGUCCAAUUUCUCAGACGCUCUUUUUAAAUUAUGUUGCGAAAACAUUAAUUAUUAUAAAAUACGAAGAAGUGUUAGAAAAACUGCUACAUCUCUCCGAUGGAAGUCACUUUCUAAUUUGUAUUCAUGCUCAUAAUGUUUUAUUUUUAGUUUUUGUUUAAGAAAUAUUACUCGAAAACAAAAUGGUGUGCCAGUAUUAGUGACUUUGCUCUAUUACUAAUCCGAUGUAAUCUCGAGACGACGUUCUCCGUUUCACGGGGACGAUUUUGCGCCCUGGGCUUCUGUGCUGUUAUAAAUAAAUUUAGAUAAGUUGCCACUUCUCUCUAGUCAUGACUAGAAACAGGACGUAAAGUGCAGAGUGGAAAGCCGCGUUCGAGAUCGUUUUAAAGUGAAUCCCGGCCUAUUAAUCGUUUGAGGAUAGUCCGUACAUUCAUUCUACCGGUCUGACGAUACGUUGAUAUAAGAUAAUAAUAGUCGUCUGUAUUUACGUCGCAGAUGCAGCAUCAGAAAAUGGCAAGGCUAGGCACAGGAGAACGAUAUUCGUCGGCAAAUUAAACUGAAAAUUUAGUGUUGAAAACAAGACUUUCCAGUUUGUCGAUCGUUAUAGAAGACGGAAUGUUCAAUCGAUGCAACGAAGUCAGCUGAGGGACAUUUCAUCCUGGAUGACACGUCUGUUCCCGGAGCCUGGGGACGGUAGUAGUCGGACGAUCGAGGGGUUCAAGAUGUUCGGUUCGAAAAACAGUUCGCCCACCAGCACUUUUUACACUGAUCUGGAGAUCACAGAGGACAGCAAGCAAGAAUUUCAGCAGGAGGACGAACAUUCCAAAGUAGCGCCACGUUUGUCGGAACAGUCAAGCAGCGUGACCAGCGAAAAUGGGAACUCACAAGAUUCGGAAGACGCAGCAACAGGUGUCGAGGAGCAACGAUAUGUCAGACAUUCCUUCCACAGGAUCGCCAGUUUUGGUGGUUUCUCACGAUUUCAGCCGUUCGUUAUGUCCGCUUCCACGCCCGCCGAGUGCAUCGAUAUCACGAGGCACGAGGAAACUUCAACUGAAACGUCCUACAUUAAAAUGUCGCAUAGUGUCCUAGAAUAUAGAAGUAGCAGGUACGUAGCUUCGGAGAGAAGGUCUCAUCAAUAUACAUUAGAUACCUACGCGGUAAGCGAAUCCGAAAGUGAAGAAGAGUCAGAGGAAACGAGAUCUUCGGAAACGGAUUCCGCCAUUGUGGCCGAUCACACGGAAGACUCGAUAUCAGAGCCUAAACUGCUAGCGAAGAAAGGUUCUCCCGACUCGAAGCGAAAGAAGGCGUUGCGCGUGGCACAGGAGUUACUGGCGACUGAGAAGAAUUACGUCAACAUUCUACAUUUGAUCGACCAGGUGUUUCAAUUCAGGGUCGACCAGGAAAACCGAGCACAUCCGAUGUUCCCUCCAGAGACUGUCCAGCACAUGUUCUCAAAUAUUAAAUCUAUUUAUAAGUUCCACAACGACUUUCUGUUACCGCAAUUCGAGGAGAGGAUGCAAUGUUGGGAUUCCAAUCCGAGAAUCGGUGAUAUAAUGAAGAACUUUGCGCCGUUCCUUAAAAUGUAUACAGAGUACGUAAAGAAUUUCGAUUAUGCCAUGAAUUUGAUAAGCACAUUGCAAAACAAAGUUCCCAGAUUUGCGGCAAUCGUUAACGAAAUUCAGAAGCUCGACGAAUGCGCCAAAUUGUCACUGGCGCAUCACAUGUUGAGUCCUAUACAGAGGCUACCGCGAUAUGAGCUACUUCUCAAAGAUUAUUUGAGAAAUCUUACUGAAGAUAAUCCGGAUUAUGAAGACACAAAAAAGGCUCUGGAGUUAGUGUCAACCGCCGCGAAUCAUACAAACGAGGCAAUGAAAAAGAUCGACAAAUUCAAGAAACUUUUAGAAAUUCAAGAGAGUAUAUAUGAUGCAACUGAUCUAGUCAGUGCGACACGCGAGCUAAUAAAGGAAGGGCGUAUAGUGAAAAUCUCAGCGCGUAGUGGUGACCAUCAGGAGAGACAUUUAUUUUUGUUUAGCGAUUUAUUAUUACUCUGCUCAAUAAGACUGAUUCCUGGUCCUAUAUAUCGAUUAAGAGCUAAAUUUAUGGUGGAAAAUUUACAAGUAGUUGAGGGAGACAAUCUAGAAACAGCAAAUACUUUUUACAUAAGGGACGAAAAUAAAAGCGUCGAAUUGUAUACGCAUGCUGCCGCGGAAAAAGCAGCAUGGCUGGACGCGCUGUUCCAGACAAUGCAGGAGAUUAUGAGACGCAAGGCCAGUCUGAAAACUGGAAAUGUUAAAACUUCCUUGGUUAAGGCUGAUGAAGUAACCAGAUGCAUGGUUUGCGAGGUUAUUUUCUCUGUGAUGAAACGGAAGCACAAUUGCCGGGCUUGUGGAAUAGUGGUUUGUAGUAAAUGCUCAAAUCAGAAAUUAUUAUUUGAAGACAAUAAGAAUAUGAGAGUGUGCAGACUCUGCCAUGCUGCGCUCACUCAACCGCUCACUAAAUCACCGUCGUCGCCAUCUGGACCAGUGCCAAGUUUGCUACAGGUAUCAGCGAACGCGUCAUCAGUAUUAUCCGGAUACCUGUUACUGAAAACACAGGCCAGCAAACCGUGGACUAAACGAUGGUUUACGUUGCACGUUGAUUUUGUUUUAUACUCAUUCAAAUCAGAGUCAGAAAGCAUGGCCAUGACAGCGACUCCCAUGCCGGGUUUUAUGGUUACGGAAGGUACUAAACUACCUGACGAGGACCCCUUGAACACGAAAGAUCGGAUAAGAGCAUUCAAGAUUCAUCAUUCGAGAAAAUGUUACUAUCUGCAAGCGUUGUCUCAAGAGGACAAAGAAAAAUGGAUGCACGCAUUAGAGCUGGCUACGAAAGCUGAACUACCUCAUUUUACGCAGGUGGAAAACGAAAGCGCACAAGAAAGUCAAUCGUUGGACGAUGUACAAUGAAUAUUCGUACCUUUUUAUCUACCAAACUAGCCAAUUUUUUACUAUUAUAUUCAUCGAGAAGAUGAUAUGGCAAUGUAAGAUAAUCGUUAGUAGUUAAUUAGCUAUAUUUAAAAUGACGUUAACUUAUGUUAUAUAUAUAUAUUGUUAUUAGUAUAUACACAUUACAAAAGAGAAAUCGAGUCAAUAGCGGCCGCCGCCGAAACGCUUGUUGUUUUGUAUAAUGUUCUGUUAUAGUAUAUAUAUAUUUAUAAAUAUAUAUGUCGUUCUAUCACGAUACGCUGUGCUGACCGUAAUUUGCAAUAGAAGUCGAUACAUCGCGAUGCUUAAAAAGUUAAUUAUGCGCUUCAGUGAUAGUAUGUUAUUUAAGCUACAAGAUAUAUCGUUUUUAUUAAAAUCGAUUUUAAAGUCGAUUUUAUUAAAUAACGCAAUGGAUUCUAGUUUUAUCAAUAAAUUUAUUGCGUCAAUUACAAAUUGCAUAGCCCUUAAAUAUAUCUUAGUAGUUCCUACCUAGUUACGAAUAUCGCAAUAAUUAUAAAAUUUUAUUACAUUCACUGGAAGCACUUUGGCAAAAAGUGCAUGUUGGCUGUCUACUAAUUAUUCUGCACUCGUGCAUUUAUCACGUUUUUUGAAUUGCACACACAGACCGUCAGCUGCGUACGUGAACACGUGAAUGGCAUCGUUGUCAUUGGAAACAUCCUUUUCGUUUGUUUCGUAGCAAAGUGUAAUUCGAAAGGAUCGUGAUUAACGUUAUAGUUAGUAGAGCCAAUUUGUCUUAAAAAAUUUAAGACAAAUCGCCGUAUAGAUUCAUAUGUCCAAUUGAUAUAUGUAUAAAAAAAAAAAAGAAAAUUACGACAUAUCUCUUUUUUACGUGAUAAACUUUUUAUAAUCGAUUUAUACGUUAUUAGAGCCUAAUGUCGAAUGCCAAAGAUUCAAAACUUUCUCUUCUCUACCUCUGUUUUUAACGGAAUAAAGAUUUGCAGAUUAGAAAAGUAUUCAGAAUUUAUCUGUUAAAGAGACACACCCUUUUUGAUUUUUUAAUCCAAAAUCUGCCAACUGGAAAUGAGAAUGUAUGUAAUAGUUAAGAUUCUUUUCUCGGUAGAUACAUUUAUAUCUCAUUGUACAAAAUGAUUUGAUUCACCGAACAUUUAUUUUUAUUUUAGCGUAAUGAAAGCGUAAUCAUGUAUAAAAUGAAUGCGAUUGCGGUCGAAAUUCUCUUUGCCAUUAAAGCACAUCGCUCCCUCCCCCUCUUCCCUACCCAAAUUUUAUAACAAAUAUUAUCCAAUCAAUAUUAUUAAUAAACCUUUCUUCUUUGAAGAAUUUAUGAACUGAAUGCAUACAUAGAAACAUAUUAAGUUUGUAAAAACCUGUAAUAAUUUGUACAAUUGUGACAAUUGUUAUACCAAUUACUUGAUUUUGAUAAACGUCGAUAAAUAUCAGUUACGUAAA